UAUUAACUUGCCCACAAAAUUACACAGGAUAAAAGUGCAUAUCCGUUACAUAAAUCAGAAAAACGUUCGCGGACAUCGGGUAUAUCCCGCUCGCACUGACUCCACGGUACUUAAAAAGUUUCCUCUUCGCUUUCUGGACGUGUAAUAAAACGCGAAUAAGCCUCAGAUUUCACGAAGCAUCAUGACCGGUUUCUCUGCGUUAAACCGAACGGAGGCAAUGGAAGCAGGAGAAGGAUGUUGUCCUUAUCACCGCGGACCUGCCUCCGCGACUGAUCCCUCCCGCGUUCCGGCCCGGGGUAGUUCAGCGCUGCCUCGGCGGCCAGCGGAUCGGAGAGGGCCGGGCUGACACUCUUCCCCAGAGAGGCGUAUUGCUGCGCUGUCGAGGGCUGAACUCGCCCAUCAGGAGAAGCAGGAAGCGAAGCAGCGGCACUCCCUGACGACCUCUGACUUGUCCAGGCUUGUUUUGCUGCCUGUCCGGUGCCGGCGUUUGGCUUCUCCGGGGGGUGCUUCCGGGCAACGAGGAGAACCUCCCCGCCUCCUCGGGAGGAAACCGUGAAAGAUGAACCCCAGCUGCCCUGAUUUGUUAUUCUGGGAUGAACUUGUCAAUGAAGCGAUGUUAAAACAAGGUAACAGUUAAGAUUGGACAGGAACCAUGCCUCCAAAGCGUAAAGCAGCUGCCCAAACUCGGGUUGCCAUCAAGGGCAAGAAGAUUAAAAAGGAACCAGAGGUGAAACCUGAACCAGAGGAAGACAAUUUCCAGUCCACCGUGGCAGCACUGAAAGCAGCUCCCAAGGAGAAGUCCAAGGCCAAAAUUGAUACUGCCUGUCAGCUGAGUCAUGACGACAGUGCCCAGAUUUACCAGGACUAUGACUGUAUGCUGAAUCAAACCAACAUUGGCCAUAACAACAACAAGUUCUACAUCAUCCAGCUGAUAGAGCAAAAUGGGAACUACAGUUGCUGGAACCGCUGGGGCCGUGUGGGGGAAGUAGGGCAAUCUAAACUCAGCGGCUGUCCAACCUUGGAAACUGCCAUAAAUGCUUUUGAGAAGAAAUUUCAAGAGAAAACAAAGAAUAAAUGGGCUAAUCGAGAGAAUUUUAUUGCUCAAGCUGGCAAGUACACCCUCAUUGAAGUGCAACAUGAAGAUAAAGAAGAACAAGAGGUAACAGUAAAGGUGGACGAUGUGGAUGGAAUGAAGUCAUUUAAACAAAAGAUAUUGCCUUGCACUUUGGACAAGCAAACCCAGAAUCUUAUGACACUCAUAUUCAGCAAUGACAUGUUUAAAGAAGCCAUGCAGACCAUGAAUAUAGAUGUGAAGAAGAUGCCAUUGGGAAAGCUGAGCAAACAGCAGAUUGCCAAGGGCUUUGAAGCUUUGGAAGCUGUUGAAGAAGCUCUAAAGAAGCAACCACACUCCCAGAAGCAGCUGGAGGAACUUUCAUCUCGCUUUUAUACCAUUAUUCCCCACAACUUUGGUCGUAAUCGCCCUCCAUCCAUCAAUACACAAGAAGUUGUCCAAGCUAAGAAGGAUAUGCUCCUGGUGCUAGCAGAUAUUGAACUGGCCCAGAGUCUACAAGUCCAGAAGAAGGAGGAGGAGGAAGAGGAAGAGAAGGAAAUGGUGAAAGAAGUUCUGCACCCGCUGGACAAGGAUUAUGGGCUUUUGAAGUGUGAGCUCACCUUGGUGGGUCAAUCAUCUGAGGACUAUAAGCUGAUUGAAACCUAUGUGAAGAAGACAGGUUCCACUUCCCAAAAGCUUCGUAUCAUGAAUAUUUGGAAGGUGAACAGAGAGGGUGAGAACCAUCGUUUUAAGAUUCACGAUGACUUGGAAAAUCGGCGUCUGCUCUGGCAUGGGACCAAUAUAGCUGUUGUUGCUGCCAUCCUGAAGACAGGCUUGCGCAUCAUGCCUCAUUCUGGUGGCCGUGUUGGCAAGGGAAUUUACUUUGCUUCUGAAAACAGUAAAUCAGCAAGCUAUGUGGUCACUACCUCCAAACGGGAGGGAAUUAUGUUCCUGAACGAAGUGGCCCUGGGCAAGAUAUGUUACAUCACUCAAGACAACUGUUCAUUGUGCAAGGCCCAAGCGGGUUACGAUAGUGUCCAGGCUUGUGGCCACACCGAACCUGACCCUGCAUGUGAUAAAGAGCUUAUCCUGGAAGGGAAAAAAGUGCUGAUACCACAAGGAAAGCCCAUUGUUAUGACUAAGUACCAAAACAGCCACUUCAGCCAGAGUGAGUACUUAGUCUACCAAGAGAGUCAAUGUUGCAUCCGCUAUCUGAUCCAGCUCCAUUUCUGAGGCUUUUCUUGGGCUAUUUUUUCUGCUAGAUUCCACUCAUUUGCUGGCCCUCAUCUUUUCAGUGCUAAGUGCCUGUCUUAAGUACCUACCUUGAGUUGGUCAGCUGUACUCCCCAGUUCUCCAUCCAGAGUUCAUUCAGUAAUCAUGGCUCCUAGUUCUGCAGAGUAGAGCGUAAUGCAACUACCUUGUUUUGAAUAGUAUGCUGGCUUCCGUAACGCAGGACUUGAUGAUGCCCAGCAAAACAAAGAUGAAAUCAUUGCCGGACUGCUGCUGUAAAGGGUAUUGUGACAAGGGCUAAUGACUUUUGGAAACCUUUUGGAUUUGCAUGGUCUGAAAAUAAAAGAAACUAUUAAAUUGAA